GGAAAGGGAGAGGAAAUCAAUCCAGAUUGAGAAAGAAAGAGAGAAACUUCUGGCAGAAGAACGAAGAAGAAAGCUGCAAAUUCCCAAAGCUCUCUCUGUUUUUUCAAAAUUUAUACUUGUUCGUUGUUUCUCUCUUUCCUUCUCUUUCCUUCGAGAAAACCAGAAGAAGGAAGCAAAUUACCGGUCAAAAGAUUCUCCCUUUUGCAUUUCUUCAAUAAAGCUGCCCAAUUUCUUUGCCGAGUCAAUCGGGUGCGUAUAGUGUCGAACAGAAGUCUGUACAGGGUCUGUUCUGUAUAUAUUCACAGCAAAGCUUGUUCUUUUAACUUUUGUAAGCCAAAAAUCCGAAGAAACCCUUUUGUUUAUAUUGGGGAGGGUUUUCUCGAUCUGAAAAUUCAUCGAAUUGGGUUCGUUUAGUGGUGGGAAUUCGUCGAUUUAGCGGUUAAUUUUAUCUGGGUUCUGGUUUUUUUCCGACCUCCUUCGUUCAUUCAUGGCGGUUCCGACGAUUGCUCUGUACGCGAGCCCGCCGAGCACGAUAUGCUCGACGCCGCACCCAUGCUCUGGCAGCACGAGCUACGACUUCGAUCUUAAUUCGAGAUCCUCGUCUUCCGCUUCCGCCAGUGGCUCUUGCUCGCAUAAAUCCCAAAUCGGCGGGCUGACGUGUCUGUUCUCUUCGCCUAGUGUGGUAAAGCACUCGUCGUUCGCCGGCGAUAGGGAGGAAUUGGGCGCGCUCUGGCACGAUAGAGGGGACGAUUUGAAGGAAUUGAGCAGCUCGUUUCGCUAUUCUCCGAGCAAGUACAUCGUCGCCGGCGGCGGAGGGUAUUGUGCGAAGAAGGACCAGAGUCCGGUUUCGGUGUUGCAAGCCCCGGUCUCUUGCUCCAGCAGUCCUCCGACGAGGUUAGCUCGUGGCGGCGACGUCUGCUUUCCGAGCUCGGUUCAUAGCUCGUUCCGGUACGGGGCGAAUAGACUGUUCGAUGGAUUCGUGAGCCAUGCAUUAGGUUCUUGUGUGGACUACGAUUCGCCGAGCUUUGAAGUAGCUCCAUCUCCCGUUCCUCCGGCUGCUGAUGAAUUGACGUUUAAUAUGGAGGACAGCUUCGUGGGAGAGCCUGAUUACGAGCCAUAUGCGAAGGAGUUGUUGCUUGGUGCACAAAUGAGGCACAAGAUCUUCACAGAUGACUAUGUGAUCAAGGCCUUCCACGAGGCCGAGAAGGCUCAUAGAGGACAGAUGAGGGCGAGUGGCGAUCCUUACUUGCAGCAUUGCGUGGAAACCGCAGUUUUGCUUGCAACAAUUGGUGCUAGCCCCACGAUGGUUGCUGCAGGUCUUUUACAUGAUACGAUCGAUGAUUCAUUCUUGAGCUAUGACCAUAUUUGCAGCACGUUUGGUGCUGGAGUGGCUGAUUUGGUUGAAGGGGUCUCGAAGCUUAGCCAUUUGAGUAAGCUGGCACGAGAGAACAACACUGCCAGCAGAACUGUCGAGGCAGAUCGUCUGCAUACAAUGUUUCUAGCAAUGGCUGAUGCCAGAGCAGUGUUGAUAAAAUUAGCUGAUCGAUUGCACAACAUGAUGACACUGGAUGCUCUGCCAUUGGUCAAGCAGCAGAGGUUUGCUAAGGAGACUCUUGAAAUAUUUGCUCCUUUGGCCAACCGAUUAGGGAUCUCUUCGUGGAAGGACCAGCUGGAAAACUUGUGCUUCAAGCAUCUGAACCCUGAUCAACAUAAAGAUCUGUCUUCACAACUGGUGAAGUCUUUCGAUGAGGCCGUGGUUACUGCAGCGACAGAUAAAUUGGAUCGAGCGCUGAAGGAUGAAGCCAUAAGCUACCAUGUGCUCUCUGGGAGACAUAAGAGCUUGUACAGCAUUUAUCGCAAGAUGUUGAAGAAAAAGCUGAAGAUGGACGAGAUCCAUGACAUCCAUGGCCUCCGUUUGAUUGUCGAAAACAAGGAAGACUGCUACAGAGCACUGAGAGUCGUCCACGAGUUGUGGCCUGAAGUACCUGGGAAGUUCAAGGAUUACAUAAGUCAACCCAAGUUCAAUGGGUACCAGUCACUUCACACUGUGGUCACAGGCGAUGACGAGGUCCCACUCGAGGUCCAGAUCCGGACAAAAGAGAUGCAUCUGCAGGCUGAGUUUGGGUUUGCCGCGCACUGGAGGUACAAGGAAGGUGACUGCAAGCACUCCUCGUUCGUCCUGCAGAUGGUCGAGUGGGCUCGGUGGGUAGUGACUUGGCAGUGUGAGACAAUGAACAAAGAUCGGUCCUCGUCGAUCCCUUAUGCUGCUGAUUCCGUGAAACCUCCCUGUGCCUUCCCUGUCCAUUCAGAAGAUUGCAGGUAUUCCUGCAAGCCUCUCUGUGGCCAAGAUGGACCCGUGUUCAUCAUCAUAAUCGAGAAUGAUAAGAUGUCGGUCCAGGAGCUCCCAGCAAACUCCUCCAUCGUAGACCUGCUCGAGAGAGCCGGGCGAGGCAGCACGAGAUGGUCGCCAUAUGGCUUCCCAGCCAAAGAAGAACUGCGGCCAAAACUUAACCACGAGCCAGUGAGCGAUCCUACCUGCAAGCUGAAGAUGGGAGAUGUUGUGGAGCUAAGCCCCACCAUUCCCGAUAAGUCUCUGACCGAGUACAGGGAAGAGAUACAGCGGAUGUACGACAGGGGUUUGAAGACAACGAGCAGCGUUUCGUCGAGCACAGCGCCUACAACUACUACUGGAUGGAGAAGUUGAUAUAACACUACUACUUCAUUUGGAUCCAAAUGAAUGAAUGAAUAGCGUUCAUAGUAACAAUUGGUUUGUUUCCUUGUAAAUACAUGUUUGGUUGUAGAAGAACAGAUGUAAUGUAAUCGUAUUGUAAAAAAUGGGGAAAUUGGUUAAACUGGUUGUGGAAAUCGGCCCUGGCUGGGUUUCCAAGUUCCCCUCAUUAAAUGAAAAGAUUACUGUUCUGUUUGAUUUCACUUACCACAAGUUUUCUUUAAUAGCACUACAAGUCACUGGUUCCAGUAUCCAAAGUUCUUGAUCCGACGAUUGAGUUACAGUCAUCACAGAAUGCUAACCGAACUGAGUCAACUGACUGAUUUGUUAACACCAGUUGCUCUGUAUCAGUCCAUCUAAUCAGUUAACACAACUCGAACUCAUAACGUCGACUCCGAACAUGCAAAGGAAAUGCACGAAUAAGAAUCUAAACAUAGAACUGGGAAGACGCACCCAUUUUUUGCUACUAAACGCUUAAUUCAGUACGGAUAAGCCCCAGGCUUCUAAUCUGUAUCUUACAAGUUACAACUGAGUGCAGGCACAGAAAGGAGUACUCAUGAAAAAAAACUUUCCUGUCCUACCCUAUCAGCUAUCUAUCACUUGGGUCGUUUGGUAAGAGGGAAUGAGACUCUUUGAGGGGUUUGCUGCUGUUGAGGCACAUCAGUACUUGGUUCCUGUGAAGAAGGAUUCUGAUCAGGCAUUUCUUCAUCUUCGUCCGUCUCUUCUACUUGUGGAAGCUGUUUCUUGGGGAAAGCCAAUUGAUAGUUGGGGCUGAUCAGUGUGUCCUGCUCAGGUGGGAGAGGAACACCGGGACCUGGGGCAGUCUUAGGCAAUGGGAUCUUGUUUCUGUUCCUUGCCAACUCCAGCAAAACCUCUCUUGGUGGGGGUUGUGAGAAGCUGAAGUUGACUUUGGACUGAAUAGCAAGCUUGACAUCAUCCGUGUCGAUCGCAGCUUUCCCAGCAUGCUCCGAGUAAACCUGAGCAUCUGUCAACACAUCGACGACAUAACGAUACCAGAGCUCCAGAAACUGGUGGAUAACACGGGGCUCGUAGUCCUCAACUCCCAUUGAUUUCAGCAGCGACUUCACGAUCUUUGCAUCUCUGGGCAUCUCCUCAUCUCCCUCGGCCAUUUUCUUGCCGCUGGGGGGA